CUCCCCCCUGAUGCCGCCUUAAUUAGCCGCCUGCCCCCCCUAAUCCUCCUGUUUGCACGGCGGUUACCCGGCUCCGCGUCGGCGAGCGGUGGCGGCGGCGGGCGGCGGAGGGAUGAUGGCGUCGGAGCCGGUGGCGCGGGCCGUGGCGGAGGAGGUGGGGCGGUGGGGCAGCAUGAAGCAGACGGGGGUGAGCCUGCGGUACAUGAUGGAGUUCGGGUCCGUCCCCACGGACCGCAACCUGCUGCUCUCGGCCCAGUUCCUGCAAAAGGAGCUCCCCAUCCGCAUCGCCCGCCGCGCGCUCGAGCUCGAGUCCCUCCCCUUCGGCCUCUCCGCCAAGCCCGCCAUCCUCAAGGUGAGGGACUGGUACUUGGACUCGUUCCGCGACAUCCGAUAUUUCCCAGAAGUGAGGAAUCGGGACGACGAGCUUGCUUUCACGCAGAUGAUUAAGAUGAUCAAAGUGCGGCACAAUAACGUGGUACCGACUAUGGCUUUGGGAGUGCAACAGCUGAAAAACGAACAGUUCAGCUCAAGGAAGCUUCCCCCAGGAUUCGACGAGAUCCACGGGUUCCUCGAUCGAUUUUACAUGUCAAGGAUUGGUAUUCGCAUGCUCAUAGGGCAGCAUGUGGCUCUGCAUGAACCUGAACCACAGCCUGGCGUCAUAGGCCUCAUCAAUACAAAAUUGUCCCCCAUACAGGUAGCUCAAAUUGCUAGUGAGGAUGCCCGUUCCAUUUGUAUGAGGGAAUACGGAUCAGCUCCUGACAUCAACAUUUAUGGAGAUCAAAAUUUAACAUUUCCAUAUGUCACAUCGCAUCUUCAUCUCAUGCUGUUUGAACUGGUGAAAAAUUCCCUUCGUGCAGUACAGGAAAGAUAUAUGAAUUCUGAUAAAGAUGUUCCUCCUGUCAGAAUUAUAGUUGCUGAUGGAACAGAGGAUGUUACUAUUAAGGUCAGUGAUGAAGGCGGUGGAAUACGGAGAAGUGGGCUCCCUAGAAUUUUCACAUAUCUUUACAGCACUGCAAAGAAUCUACCUGAUAUGGAGGGCCCUAGUGAAGGAGUGACUAUGGCUGGAUAUGGUUUUGGACUUCCAGUUAGUCGCCUUUAUGCGCGAUAUUUCGGUGGCGACCUACAAAUCAUAUCCAUGGAGGGAUACGGCACCGACGCUUACCUCCACUUGUCACGACUGGGAGACUCGGAGGAGCCAUUGCCUUAGUGACCCCUUCUAUCCUGAUACAGUUUCUGUAAUUAGGUUGCUCUUGUUAUAUUGUAAUCCUUGUUCUGGUUUGCAAAUAUUGUUUCAAGGGCCAGCCAUAUAUAGCUGUUAAACCUGUAUCUUCUAGCUAUAAUUAUCUCAUUGUUUCUGCUUUUC